UCCUGCAGAAUCCGCCGAAAUCGCCGUCGCCCCACACAAGAUCCACCAGAGGGGAGACCGGAUCCUCUUCUACUCGCUUUCUGGUGGCCGGGAAUCCUCAUAGGAAGUCAAGACACAAGUCACAUUAUAUUUAUAAUUCAAAUGAGUCAAGUGACAGAAUUUAGUUCAGUAAUUCCUGAAGUAGUAAAGCCUAAAAGAGCAGAAUGGACAACUGCAACAGUGGAAACAGAUAGCAUUACUACACCAUAUCCUUUAAAUACUGAUGGGAAGAUUCUUUCUCGCUACUUAAGACCUUCUACAGGUUCUUGCCAUGAUUUCUGUAAAUAUGGACUUAAGCAUGAAUAUGAAGAAAAGAAAAGGCAUCACUUUUUCCUAGGGGCUUCAACCAAUAGCCAGAUGCCUGAUGGCGAACACAAUCAAUCACAUUUCAUGACUGUAAAUCAGAGAAAGCACAAAUCAGAGCUCAAGCCAAGGACAACUAACACAAAAGAUGAACUCACUGAUAAGACUAGACUCAGUGAGCAGAUGGAUCUUCCACCUGAGAUGAUAAUUCGGACUUCCAGUUCCCUUACCAAUCUAGCAGCAGGAUUUGUUCACGAAUCCUCAAGCUUGAAGCAUAUUUCUACAGUACAUGACCGAGAAAAUAAUGCAUCUUUUGAGCUUUCAGCUGCAAAUCAAAAUGAAAAAUUAUCAGAGGAAUUUAUGGAUGUUGCAUCUGAUGAGCAUGAAUCCAGAAGAUUAUUCUGUGAAUCUGCAAUCACGAAACUCGAUAGACCAACCUUGCAGAAUGGUGUUGCUGUUGAACAGUGUAUACCCAUCACUAAGGUGGAAGGUUCAUCCGAGGAACCUGUAAGUAUAAAGUUUAUGAUUUCGUCAACAAUUCAGGAAAACUUUGCUUCUUCUGAGCAUAAAGCAGAAAAAGCAACAGAAGGAUCAUCGUUGGAGCAGAUAAGCAUGGAGUUGAGGAUUGCAUCUCCCAUCGUAGAUGAUAUUGCAUUUGCUGAGUAUCAAAUGGCCAAUGGAGUAGAUGAAUCAUCUAAUAAAUCAAUGAACAUUGGGGUGAAGGCUCUUCCUGGAUCAUCUGAGGGGCCAUCAAGUCUGAAAUUGCUGAAUCAUAAGAGCAAGGCAUCUGCUAAGUGCAGACCUGCCUAUCGAGCAGAAGCAUUACCUAAGGAAGCUUUGAGCAUGAAGCUAAAGACUCCACCAUCUCAAAAAAGCUCCACAUCUACCAUGAACACACCAAUUGAUCAAGCAGGAUUCGCCAAGAAACAGAUUCAGGUGAGGAGUUCAAGAAUAGGCGACAAAACAAAGAGAGAGUUGAACAUGCUGAAGAGAAAUGAGGAAACUGGAGGCUCUAAUGGACAUAAAGUCAUAAAGGAGGAACAAUGUGAUAUAGCCGUUGGACCAAAAUGUGUCAAGAAGAAUUUUGCAGCAAGGAAAACAAUGAAAUCAAUCAGGUUGGAGUCUGAGCAAGAGCAUCCAUCAUGUUUCAAGAGCAACAUUUUAUCUGCCACACCCAGAGUAAUGAAGAAGGCAACCUUACCCCCUUCCAAGAGUCUGGUUGAUAGAUCAUUUGUAGGUGGGACAUCUUUAAAGUUGAAGGUCUUGGUAAAAUCUUCACCUGCAUCCAUUUCUUCAACAGGACUAUUUGAUCCAAGGUACCGGGAGAAGAUAAUCAAGGUUGGAGACAAGUCUAAUGGGGGCAAAGAAAAAGCAUUUGAAUCACUGUCAACCCUUCCAUCCACCAAGUCUCGGCUUUCUAGGGUAUCAAGCAUGAAGCUGAGAAAAUACAGGAAAGUAAUCCCUUCUUUCACCACGAAUUAUCAAGCAAAGGCUGGAAAUUUUGGUCUCAAGGAUAAAACUAUCCGUGCAUUUGAGCCUAAUUUGGAGAAAAUUGACCUGAAAGCCUUGAGGCAAAAACUCCGAAAACACAGAUCACAUCCAGACAGGAAUGAAGAGCUCAAGGAAUCUGGAUCUCAGUUGGGCGGAUCUAGUGAAACUGUUUUGCACAGAGGUGCAUCUCAGAGAACCUACAGAGAUGUUUGUGAAAGUGAAAUAAAAAGUGCUCCUGAAAGGAAUACUGGUAUUAACUCAGAAUAUAAAAUUGGCACAUCUCGUAAGUCAAACUUCAGCAGAAGUAAGAUGGUUAACCUUCAGCCUGAAAACAAUAAUAAUCCUCCGAGGAGACUCAGAUUCAGGCAGGUUCAGACUGUAGGUGACAAUCGGAAGGCUAAAGAAAUAGCGACAGAGAGCUUUAGAAACAGGAUGGAAUCAGAUGGCGUAGGACCAAGUGCUUCUCUCUCGGAUGCUAUUAAUGUUGUCUUGAGACAUCAAGAUGUCAAUGAUAAGAAAGACACCCAAGGUUUGUUCAAUAAUGUGAUCGAGGAAACUGCAAGCAAGCUUGUUGAGUCUAGGAAGAGCAAAGUUAAGGCCUUAGUUGGUGCUUUCGAAACCAUUAUCUCUCUUCAAGAAAGCAAAGUAGCUCCACUAGUUGCAGUUCCCUGAUUACUUUCUGAUACUUGGUCAAAAAGUGUUCAUGAUGCUAUCACCCUCCAUUCUUUCCUUUCCAAUUUAGUUAAAUGGCUUUGUUUUGAGGAUCCUGGUGAAGUUUAUGUACAGGUGUAGUAUGGAGAUGGAAAAAAACUUUAGAUAGAUGGAUUUGGCUUGCAAGGCUUACAGAUUUUGCAUGAGGAAGAUGUGUCAGUGGUACAGAUUGUGUUGGGCACAUAUUUGAUUGCUGUUUGUGUCUAUCUUAAUAUGUUUUGAUGGUCCCAAAAACUCUCAGAGAUGUGAAACAAAUAAAU